UUACUGUUUUUUAUCGAGUUCGAAUAUCGAUUCUUUAGAGUUGUAAUCAAAGAGUAUAAUAAUGGUAGUUAGUUACUACCUAUAAUAUUAAAACUCAAUGUUCCAGCGAAUUAUUGAUUGAAAUAAUAUGAAUACUGAAUAAUUAUUUCACUGGACAAAACAAAAAAUAAAUUAUUACGGCUUUUAGUAAAGCGAUCAAGUUCCUACUUCCUAGAAGACAAGCAAGUUGCAGAUAUGAAUAAUGAAUGGAGUUAAUAUUCGGUAGAAUAAUCAAAUAAAGAGAUUUUAGGCAAAAAAAUUCAUCAUUCAAUCAGCAUUAAGGAGUUAAGCUUUAUAUAAAUUAUAUAAAAAUGUAUCAAUGUGGAAUAAGACAAGUGGAGGAGAGACACGUUCCAAAUCAAGUAGAUCUUAUGGUUUGGAGUCAUAGGCUUGAUUUAUUAGCACUUAGUAAUUUCAAAGGCGAAGUACAAGUUCAUAGGCUCCACUGGCAAAAAGUAUGGAAUUUGCCACCAUAUAAAGAAAAUGUUCUGGUAGAAGCAAUGGAAUGGAGGCCUGAUGGUAAAGCAUUAGCAAUUGGAUACAACACUGGAACUGUUUAUAUCAUAGAUAUAGAAGAUAAAGGAAUCCUUGGUAAAUAUGAUUUUGCUCGAGAAACUGAGGAUUUUCAUGAAUAUAAGAAUUAUGGCAUUCCAUUCAUAAGAUGGGCAGUGAAAGCAGGCACAUUAGAAAAUUCUUCUGACUACAAUAUAUAUGAUGACUCAACAAUAUUUUUACAAAAACCUUUGUCACCUAGUACAAGUACUGAGGAAAGCACAAAACUAUUCAAAGAAAAUACAGAACACACUCAACUAAGUAUGUUGAUGAUAACAUAUGGCUCAGGAUAUAUUUUUAUGAGUAUUUUUGGUUCAUAUCCUUAUGGAAGUAUACAUCUACCACAGAUAACAAAGAAUGAGUAUGGAGAAUACAAAAUUGUUGAUAUCACUCUAUCAGAUGAUUUUAGUAUGAUGCAAGUACUUUACAUUGAAAGGCAAACAAACAAUGUAUUUGUGGCUUUUGUUAAUACAACUGUUUUAUCAGCGUAUUGUGAAGAAAUAUCAAUUGUAGCUAACAAACAUGACAGGAUUAUUCAUCUCAUGUCACAUCUAGACAAAACUAUGAAUUCCAUUACUGAAGCAUGGGAGCACAUAUUACUGGAAAUGGACACUAAGAUGGCAUAUUAUGCUUCAACUGUACCAGAAGGAGGUGUGUCUGCUGAUUUGCUGGAGUUAUUGAUGUUGGGUGUUCCUUCUGAUGAAUUAGAACUAUUUUUGCUGCAAGAAUUAACAGCAAAGGGUCUUAAAAAAUUUGGUAGUUCUGUUGAACUGAGUUAUUCCACAAUUCAAAAGCUUGUUUUGAACCAGUUGAACAUUGUUGGCCAGAAUCUUACAUACUACUUAUCUGAAUUAAGAGGUUUAACAAGAGUUUCAGAUCGAUAUAAGGUAACUGGAGUUGAGGAAAACAAAAUAACAAAUGCAAUAAGAGCCUGCUUUGCAUUUUUAAACAAGUGUUUAGAACUACAGCAGGUGAUUGACCUGUCCAUGAGAAAUUAUAAAGCAUUCUUCAGGUGGCUGUUUGUUGUAAUUGUUCGACUAUUAGACGAACAGACUUCAAGUGAUAUUGUGAAAAUAACUCAACAAGAACUUACACAUAUUGCUGACUUCUUAUACAAUUUUGAUAAAGUUCAAUCAGGCAACAAUGAGAGUACAACUGAAAAACCAGUAAAAUUUAAUUUGGAAAGACUUGGUCAGUACUUGCAGGAUCAAGAGAUAACAUUAUUACCGGAUGAUGAAGAUAAUCCCUGGCAUAAGAUUUUGAAGGAAAAUGCAUGUUUAUUAAAAGAGAAUGAUACAAUAUUUUCUAUAUCUGAAUUUAAAAAAUAUUCACUUGUACAACAACAUAAGCAUCUGACACAUGAAAUCAAUAAACUGUUUGAUUUUCAUGAUAAACAUAUUGCUAAAUAUUUUUCUGUUUAUAACAAUAUAAAGUGUUAUAAUGGGGAAGCCGAUAUGAAUUGGAAAGAAAAUUUAAGGAUAUCUCAAAUUUAUGAUACAAAUCGGCAGGCAUUUAUGAUGGCUUUUAUAAAUAAUAAAGUACCAGAAGAAGGGUUACAUUUUAUGUCAGUGAGCACAAAAGAAAGAGUAUGUUCAGGAACAUUAAGUAGAUAUACAUUUUCAUCAAGUUUGAUUCAAGAGGGGGACAAUAUUCUUGAUGAAAAUUUAGAUAUACUGGAUAUCCAGUUUUAUUCGCCUGAAUACCUUUCCUUACUUUUAAGACAUCCAAGUAUUGCAGAUAGUACAGUUUUUGUGCAGCUACCACUGAAAAUUGCACUAGAUAAUUCUCAAGAAUUUAACUUGAAAUCUAAAUCAAUUGCCUUCAAUGAGCAAGUAGCACAAAAAAAUAUAUCACCACUAUUAGAUCAGAGUGUUUACAAAGUUUUGGAAAAAAUGAGUGGUUUUAGAAUUGCAGUGUCAGGAGCACGUAAAGUUUCAGUUGUGUUAUCUAACCUUCAACGAAAAGUGAGAGUUUUUGAGAUGGAAACAAACGGAGAUGAGGAUGAAGAGGAUACACUGGAUUCUACAUCACAGUCAAAUAUAACUCCUGCAAGUGAAACAAGUCAUAAUAACACUGAUCAGUUUAAUAACACAAGAGACAUUACAUUGUAAACUUAGUAAUAUCAAAAAUUCUUCAUAAAAUUUGCCCUAUACUUAAAUAUGUAUAUUUCUAAAUGAGGCUUACAUUUGGAGAUUUUAUUUGUAUAUUCUCAAAAACUGAAUUAAAAUCUGUAUCAAGACCUUGAUUAUCUAUGCCAUACAGUAGUUGAUCAGACGACUGGUUUCUGCUGGGUCCAGCUACUGGCUCUAUUGUUGUUGUUGUUUGAUUGUAAAUCUCAUCACCAUCCUCUUCCUCUAAUUCAUCCACUGCAAUGUAAUUUGCAAUAAUCAUUAAAAAAGAAAAACAAGUUUAAUAA